AUGUCUGCAGAAGGAACUCCUGUUUCCAGUGCCCUGAAAUCUGUUGCUGGUAGGACAAGCAACCCGAAGGCACCAUCAAAAGCAGCAGGGAAGAGGAGGGCAGGAGCUGCAAACAAUGGAACUAUCAAGCGUCCAACACGUCGAGAGCUUAAGAAAUGGACGGAAAUGGACUUGGAGGAGAAGGAAGAUAUUCCAACUCAAGAUUAUAAAGUCGAAAGCGUGCCGUUUGGUGUAAAUGCUGCAACUGCAUCUAUCACACCAACAAGUCUUCACGACGACUUUGUAAACAUGAUGAAGUCUCAAGGUCUGGAAAAGAUGGCAACGGAGAUAGGAAUUUUGAAGAAUGGUGCUCUUGUUGAUGUACCGACAUCCAUGGAAACACUGACACAUGGCAAGUCAGAACGCGAACACAAUUUGGUGUCAUCAGUGCCAAUGCUGUCAAGCCCGUCUUUCACCAGCCCAUUACCGGGAAAAAAGAGAAAGUAUAUGAAAAUCAACAAGGGUCUACGCCAUUUUAGCAUGAAAGUGUGCCAAAAGGUGGAGGAAAAGCACGUGACGUCCUAUAACGAGGUCGCUGAUGAACUGGUGCGCGAGUUUGUCACGAUGCGUCCAAACGAUUUGGUAUAUGAUGAGAAGAACAUCCGCCGACGUGUUUACGAUGCAUUAAAUGUUCUGAUGGCCAUGGAUAUCAUAUCAAAAGAACGCAAGGAGAUCCGAUGGAAGGGACUGCCGUCAAAUUUGCAACAUGACACGGAGAUGCUUCUGGCUGAACGAAAUGAACGCAUGAAAAGCGUGGAGCAGAAAAAACAACACCUGCAGGACCUUUUGGUUCAGCAUGUUGCAAUGAAGAAUCUUCUGAAGCGAAACGCAGAGCGUAAACGAAAAGAAGCCAAGAGCUAUGCAUAUGCCAACAUCGUACGCGACGAAGGACGAGUAUUUCUGCCAUUCAUUGCAGUAAAUACCAGCAAUGACACUGUGAUCCAGUGUGAAAUGUCCGAAGACCGUCAAGACAUUUUUUUUAACUUCAGUGCACCGUUUGAAAUCCACGACGACGCAGACAUUUUGCAAAAGCUAAAUUUGCACAAGGCUCCUUACGCUGAGCUGAAGCAGUUGGUGCCUGACAAGUUACUCUCCUACCUUCCAGCCGAGUGUGAAAUAAAGAGUGAAGAGUAG